AAGAAGUACAGAACCUCUAUCAACUGCUCAUCUGCUAUACAAGUGCAAGCUUGGAAAGCUUCUCCUCCUUUUGGGGGUUUCAUUAUGCCUCACUCUUCCAACCAAAUCUAUCUCUAAAUCUCAAAAUCCCAUUUAUUAAAUUUUCCAAAACCUUAUUUUAGUAUUUUUUUUUUAACUGUUACUGUAAACCCAUGGUUUCCACUAUUUUAUUCUCAAAUUUUCCUUUUUUUUUUUUGUUUUAACAACUUUUUUGCUCUAUAAUAUGGUUAUCUUUUGGAUAUUAUGAGCCUGUAGAUCCAACAACCAAUUUCAUUUUGGUUAUAUAAUUCUAUGGAGUUCAGCUUUUGUUCAGAUUAUAUUGUUGUGAUCUGUUGAACCAUUUCUUCUUCUUUGUUCCUUCUUUUUUUUUUUUUUUUUUUUUGGGUUCUUUGGUUAGUUACUGAAGACUGUACAAUUUUGGCGCUUUAGAUGUUUGUUCUUUUGAAUACCCAUUUCACAAAUUCAUGAAAUUUCACAAAUUUUCACCGGUUUUGGUCAAAAUUUUGUAAUUUGAGUUUGUGGGUAUCAUUUCUAUGUGCAAUCGGAAUCUUCAAAUCAGCUAUUAGGGUUUUGUUAUCACCAAGAUUUUCUCAGUUUACCGAAUGGAUUACGGUAGAGAUGGUGGGUUUUCAAGUGGAAACGUGGUUCAGAUAAUGACUGGAAGUGGUGGAGAAAAUUGGGGAGGUGGUGACCAAGUGGUUUGGGCUACAGAGGAUGAUUACAGAGUUUGGAACAACGGUGAUGCAUCAGGGGAUGCUUUUUCAAAUUCGAGCUAUGAACAAAGGCAAUCCCAAACUCGGUCUGGUAGUGAACCUCCAAACAAGAAAUCUAAGAAUUCCCAAGAUGUAACUUCCUCCAACAGGUCCAAAGCUAUUGGGAAAAUGUUCUUCAAGACCAAACUUUGCUGCAAAUUCCGUGCUGGGACUUGCCCAUAUAUCACAAAUUGCAACUUUGCUCAUAGCAUAGAAGAGCUCCGGAGACCGCCUCCUAAUUGGCAGGAAAUUGUGGCUGCUCAUGAGGAAGAUAAGGCAGUGUCAUCGGAGCCAAGGGAAGAGUUUCAGAUUCCAUCAAUUGGGUCUUCGAAUUUCGCUGUGGAGACUCAGAGGUCAUAUAAAGGGAGGCAUUGCAAGAAGUUUUAUACUGAGGAAGGUUGUCCCUAUGGGGACAAUUGCACUUUUCUUCAUGAUGAGCAAUCCAAAAAUAGGGAGAGUGUGGCUAUAAGUUUAGGUCCCGGAGGGUAUGGCGGCGCCGCCGCAGCAGCGAGUGGAGGAACGAAUAACAAGCCGUCAAACUGGAAAACAAGGAUUUGCAAUAAGUGGGAGUUGACAGGGUAUUGCCCAUUUGGAAGCAAAUGCCAUUUUGCUCAUGGUGUGGCAGACGCAUUCCCUAUAUGUCAUUGUCUCUCUUUCAUAAGGAUUAUUGGCAGCAGGAAAUCUCAUGGCAAGAAGUUGCACCGGUAUGGCGGUGGGCUUGUGGAUAAUGAAGUUAGAGAUUCUUCUGUUUCUUCAGACAACAAGCAGGUUGGGGUGCCGUCAAAAACUCCAGCAGAUACUGUGGUCUCAUCAGUCCCUUCAGUACCUCAUCCUGAUGUUUACCAUAUUGGAGUUCCAUCACAAAGGUCAUCUGUUGUAAUUCAGCGGCCAGGGCAGAGAACUCAUCAGAAAUGGAAGGGUCCGGAUAAAAUCAGUCGGAUAUACGGUGACUGGAUUGAUGAUAUUGAAUAGUAUUUGGAGUAGCUGCCCUGCAAUGCAAAAAAUGUUAAAGAUGAAAGGUAAUAACUUAUGUAUCCUCUUUAAAAUUUCGUAGAAACUAGAUACGUCUCUGUAGGAUAUCAUGCAAUCAUGUAGCUGUAGCUUUAAUAUGAAGGAAGAUUUUUCCUGCCUGCCUGCUUCAAGUUUUAGGUAGAUGCAAUGCUUGUUGGAGUUCUGGUUCUGUAUCUGUUCAAUUUAUAAUUUUAAUUUAUUUUUUGGUUGUUAGUUUUGGAAGUUAAAGAUUGUAUGAACUUGGUAGUAUCAUCCUUAUUACCAUACAUAAUUAAUGGAUGGCCUUUGUUUCAUGCA